AUGAGGACAACACCUUUGCCUGAUUUAUCCCUGCAGAUUAGCCCACCAUCCGUUUCGGAUUGUACGGAUCAAGGAUUGGCCUACGAUGGGUUAUCAACAAAAUCGAUUAGUAGUGAUAGAAGCUCCACGACUGAUUCUUCAAGUUGCAGUGGAAUCAACCUCAGCCAUGAGAAUGGGUACACGAAUCCAGGGCAAACUUUGAGCUUAGGGUUCGAGACAACAGCUUUGGGUCAUAAUCAGCAGCAGCAUCGAUAUCAACCUCAAAUCAAUGGCCGUGAUUUCAAGAGAAAUGCAAGGGUGAUCAAUGGAGUAUUGAAGAGAAGCAUCAGAGUUCCAAGAAUGAGAUGGACCACCACUCUCCAUGCUCACUUUAUUCAUGCAGUCCAGCUUCUCGGAGGCCAUGAAAGAGCAACACCAAAGUCUGUCUUAGAGUUGAUGAAUGUCAAGGAUCUAACCCUAGCUCACGUGAAGAGUCACUUGCAGAUGUAUAGAACAGUGAAAAGCGCUGGCAAGGGAUCAGGUAAUUCUGUUGCAUAAUCUCUUUGAACAGACAUGGGACUGAUCCAAAGGACAGAGAUAGUUGAUUUGAUUGAAAGACUAUCAUCAGAAACGACACUGCAGAGGACCCAAAGCGUUUCACGGCUAUCCUCAAUGGAGACGAAUAAUUUGAGCAAAUCAAACCAUGGAAAUGGCUUGGCAUUUAAGUUAAAUGAUGCCAAGGUGGACGUAGCAGACAGGGCAGAGCUUCAAGUGUCGGAUAGACCGAAGGGAAGAUUAGAUACAGACAUGUUAGUUAACCUAGAAUUCACCCUCGGAAGGCCAAACUGGGAAUUGGACUAUGCAGACUCUUCAAAUGACUCAACUCUUUUCAAGUGUUAG